UUCAAUGGACCCUGAUAGUCACCAACGUCUUGGUCUUUGUGUCCUCCAAAACUGAAUGACAGAAACGAAGACUUGGGGAUGGAUGCUGAAUGAGUUUGUACAUUGACUUGGUCUGUAGUUAAAUAGUACAAGUAUAGAGGUUGGGUUAACGAAAAAAGUCAAGAGAACAUCUCAACACCGGUGUUUGAAGGAAGAUAAACAAAGUUAGAGAAGAUGAAGGUGCAGAAACUGAUCUUGGUGGCUACUUGCUUCUACCUUGCAUAUACGCAGCUGGUCGAUGGGCAACCUCGCAACGACUGCCAAACUAGUUGUGGCAACGUCACAAUUGAGUACCCUUUUGGCAUUUCUCAAGGUUGUUACUAUGCCGACGAUCCUAGUUUCAAUCUCACCUGUAACAAAGAGAAGCUAUUCUUUCGACUUAAUCUUGAGGUCAUCAGCAUUUCUCACAGCGGGGAACUACGCGCCAUGAACAAUAUUUCUUACACUUGCUACGAUAGCCAGGGAACUUUGAGUGACGAGGAUUUUUACCUUUACAGGCUGGCUAAUGUAUCUCUCUCCAACAAAAACAAGUUUACUAUAGUAGGCUGUAACGCUUACGCAUAUCUGACCACUUAUGGAAUCCAAAAUUACUCAACUGGAUGCAUAUCAGGAUGUGACUCUCAACCCGCGGCAAAUGGAGGGUGUAAAGGUGCAGGUUGCUGCAGUACAGACGUCUCUGUGCCGUCGGAUAGCAACAGAUUCCGAAUUCGCUCAUUUCGUUUGCAGAACACGACUUCUGUGUAUGACUUCAGUCCUUGCAAAUAUGCCUUUCUCGCCGAAAACGGUACUUUUGACUUCGAUGCUUUGAGAGAUCUUAAGAACCUACGGAAUGUAACUCAGUUCCCUAUGGUACUGGACUGGUCUAUUGGAAACCAGACAUGCGAGCAAGUUGGAAACGCAAGCCUAUGCGGUAGGUAUAACAACACAUGUUUCAAUUCUACUCGUGGAACCGGGUACAACUGCAAAUGCUUAAAAGGUUUUGAAGGGAAUCCUUACCUUUCAAAUGAACAUCGUUGCCUAGACAUCGAUGAGUGUACUAGUACUAUCCAUAAACAUAACUGCUCGGAUCCCAGCACCUGUAAGAACACGGUUGGAGACUUCUACUGUAAGUGCAAGUUUGGUUACCGCUUAGACAAAACCAAUAUGAGUUGCAAGCGUAAAGACUUUGGAUGGGCUACCAUUCUUCUUGGAACAACCAUUGGCUUCUUGUCCAUCCUGCUUGUCGUUAGCUAUGUACAACAGAGAAUGAAGCACCGGAAGACAGCUGAGCUCCGACAAAAAUUCUUCCAACAAAAUGGUGGCGGCAUAUUAGUACAGAGACUCUCAGGACCGGGGACAUCAAAUGCUAACAUACAAAUCUUUACUGAAGAAGGCAUGAAGACAUCAACUAAUGGCUAUGACGAGAGCAGAAUCCUGGGCCAGGGAGGACAAGGAACUGUCUACAAAGGGAUAUUACCAGACAACUCCAUAGUUGCAAUAAAGAAAGCUCGGCUUGGAGACACCAGCCAAGUAGAGCAGUUCAUCAACGAAGUGCUUGUGCUUUCACAAAUCAACCAUCGGAACGUGGUCAAACUCUUGGGCUGCUGUCUAGAGACUGAAGUUCCCUUGCUUGUCUAUGAGUUCAUUAACAGCGGCACCCUUUUCGAUCACUUGCACGGUUCUUUGUUUGGUCCUUCUCUUACAUGGGAACAACGCCUGAGGAUAGCCGUGGAGAUAGCUGGAACACUUGCUUAUCUUCACUCAUCUGCUUCUAUUCCAAUCAUCCACCGAGACGUCAAGACUGCCAAUAUUCUCUUGGAUGAGAACUUAACUGCAAAGGUAGCUGACUUUGGUGCUUCAAGACUAAUACCAAUGAAUAAAGAGCAGCUCACGACCAUGGUGCAAGGCACUCUAGGUUACUUAGACCCCGAAUACUACAACACUGGGAUGCUAAACGAAAAGAGUGAUGUUUAUAGUUUUGGGGUAGUCCUCAUGGAACUUCUCUCAAGCCAAAAGGCAUUGUGCUUCGAAAGGCCACUGCAGUCAAAACAUCUGGUGCAUUACAUUGCUUCUGCCAUGAAGGAGAACAGGUUGCACGAGGUUAUUGACGAGAAAGUAAUCAACGAGAAUAACUGGAAGGAGAUCCAGGAAGCUGUCGGAGUUGCUAUGGAGUGUACAAGAGUGACUGGAGAAGAAAGGCCACUGAUGACGGAAGUAGCUGCAAAGCUUGAGGGCUUGAGAGUCACAAAAACCAAACAUCAGUGGUCGGAUCAGUAUCCUGGGGAGGAGACUGAGAACUUGGUCGGUGUUGGAAUCUUAUCAGCGCAAGGCGAUACAAGUAGCACUGGCUAUGACAGCAUCAAGAAUGUAGCAAGCAUGCACGUUGCAGCUGGUCGCUAAUACUUAUUAGUCAAGGCUCUGUCAAAAUCACGUUCAAAUCUUGUUUAUGAAAAAAUAAUAUCAUGUCUGUAUUUCAUCUCACCUCUUUUGUCUACCUAUGAAGAACAUUUAUGCAUUGAAAAUGUUCUUAUAGACCAUCAGUAUCAAUGUUCAUAAAUCCCCCAAAAUUUGUAACUUUUA